GACGAUGACGCGAUCGCUUUCACUGAGGAAAGUGAAUGAGACUUCAGUCCUAACGCUAGCCUCUGUCGAUAAGAGUGAGUGGCGAUGUGGGCUGUACUACUGUUGUUAUGUGUUGCCUCCGUAGCUUACACCGCCCCCGCCCCACAGGCUCCUACCUCCAGCCCUAACAAAUCGGCAUUCAUCCCAGCCUUUGAUGAGAUCGUGGUAGAGUCGAGCCUGAGGGUGAAGGGGAGGUCUGGACCAACCAACCCCAUACAGCGUCAAGGCAGAACCAAACUACUGGUGGUGCCAACUCCUGGCACUCCGCUGAACGGUACCUCCAGCUCCACCUCUACUUCCACGACGUCCACAUCAUCGACGGCGGCCGCGGUCACCUCCACGGAGAAGUAAAAGACGGCCUAGGAGAACGGUAGACACGGGAGUAAAUGAUAGGAAGCCUUCAACUUUGAGGAGUUCCGACAUCAACAUCAGUUUCAAGAUUUAAAGGGGCAGACAAAGUAGAAACUUUAUAUGUCAAUCCUCUUGGUAAAACUGACAGAUGUUAUAUAUUUUACAAUUUGCAUUUGCAAUAUUUAAUAACACACUAAUAUUGAGUAUCAUAUGCCUAUACCAUACCUUUAACAGUUUUCUUUUUCUAAAAGUAAAUCCGGUAGUGACCAGGAUUAUAAUAAUGACAGUAUUGCAAUACGUAAUGUAACUUUACAUUUUUACUAUAUCUAAUUUAAUAAAGGUUUAAUUUAUAACUAA